UCAAAGAAGGUGGGAAACCUGCGAACGAAUGUGACCGUAAAUGAAUCCAGAUUCGGUCACAAUACUCCUAACGAACGACCGAACGAGAAAAAAAUUUCGAAGUGCGAGGAACGGCAGCGGUCACGGACAGGUGUCACCUCAUCACAGCGCCACGUCAGCAUCGCCACAUCGUCGUUAUCGACGCCAUGGCUAGCAGCUUUUGCUUCGGCUCUUGUACGGCGCUGCUAGCCCGGACGGUGACAAGAGGCAUAACGAUCAAACGGCAAUCUCCCAUCAGGUCAUGCAUUGAACUUAGUCGUCGAUCAUCCACUGGCAGUUUCUCGAGGAGAUGGAGCGGUCGCAGCGGGAUUAUCAGGGACUUCAACAAAAACUGCGCGGUUGGAGAAGGAGAGGAGGAGGAAUCGAGGAGUGCAUGGUUUGACAGACGGACAAGCCAACGUACGAUCGCCACGUGUCAGCAGAGCAGGCAAUCGCCAGGUUCGUCGAGAAGCGAUGAAGCGAACGGCGAAUCCUCCUCAGCAAUGCCUCCCUCCUCCUCCACCUCCACCUCCACCUCCACCUCCUCCUCCUCUUCGUCCUCCUCAAGCGCAAGGGAAGAAGUAGAGAGAAGAGAUAGAGAGCCAUCCUCCUCCUCCUCCUCCUUCUCCUCCUCCUCCUCUUCCUCUCCUUCCUCCUCUUCCUUACCUUCUUCCUCUCCUUCCUCAUCUUCUUCCUCUUCCUCCUCCUCCUCCUCUUCAUCAUUCUAUUCCAGUACCGGAGGAGAGAAGUUGGCAGAGGGGCAAGAAUCAAGGUAUAGUCGAUUGACGACGACGGUACCCAUAGCUGCACUUCAGGAGGCGAAGGUGAUUUACGCCAUAGCUCCUGCUCUCGAUCACAAUCAGGAGGGGCAUCCGGAGAGCAGUGCCAGGGUUCCAGCCAUUCUCCAAGGACUAGAGAGAGCCCAGUUGAUGCCAGAUUUGAGAGGGAAGGAGGUGGUUUCUCUCAAGCACUUCCCCUCCGCUCUUCCUGAUCAGAUCUCCGCCGUCCAUUCCCCAGGUUACGUCCGCGGUCUCGAGAAGAUCAUGGAUAUGGCUCCCACUCUCGUCGAGACCUCUGGUCCCACUUACAUUACCCCAUCAUCUUACAGCUCAGCGAUGCUCGCUGCGGGCGCCGGGAUCUCAUUGGUCGAUGCUGUCGUGGCAGCAGCGUCUUCGCCGCGAUCUGCCACGUCAGCAGAUUCACUUUUAUCAAUGGAUAGGGAUAGAGUUGAUGGGGUUACUAGUAGGAAUUUGGUGGCGGGAACUUCUCCCGUCGGCUUCGCUUUGAUCCGACCUCCAGGUCAUCAUGCUGUCCCUGUGGGUCCGAUGGGUUUCUGCUUGAUUGGAAAUGUGGCCGUAGCUGCGCGCCACGCUCAAAGAGUCCAUGGGCUGCCACGUGUCAUGAUCAUCGACUUCGAUGUCCAUCAUGGCAAUGGCACCCACGACAUGUUCUUCGAAGAUCCCGACAUUCUAUUUUUAUCCACCCAUCAAGAUGGGAGUUAUCCCGGUACAGGAAAGAUUGACGAAAUAGGAAAGGGCAAAGGACAGGGCACGAGCAUCAACCUCCCUCUCCCUGGAGGCUCUGGUGAUUACGCCAUGGACUUGGUGCUUGAUGAGGUAAUCACCCCUGCCGCAGAGCAGUUCAAACCAGACAUCAUAUUGGUCUCCGCGGGGUAUGAUGCGCACUUCAUGGACCCCUUAGCGGGACUGCAAUUUACGUCCCGAACUUAUCACAAAUUAGGCAAUCGGAUUUCGGAAUUAGCCAAGGUGUUGUGCAGAGGGAGGUGUGUGAUGUUUCUAGAAGGGGGGUAUAACCUGACAUCUCUGUCAGAAAGUGUGUCAGAAACCGUCAGAGGAAUACUCGGGGACAAGUCGGCGGAUGAGUUCGACUCGCGAUUGCUUGUAGAAGAGCCCAAGGAUAGAAUCCGUAGUGCUAUAAAUAGACUAAAGGCGAUUCAUUCCUUAUAAAAUACCUUUCUUUUUUUUUUUUUGGUAAUAGGUUUUCGAUUGUCAUCUUAGCGGUUUGAUCAGCUGAAAUGAAUUGUAGUAAAAAUA